AUGUCUGAAAUAUACCUCAAGGACAAAGUAUCCAUUGUCACCGGCUCCGGUCGUGAAAACGGCAUCGGUGCCGGCAUAGCCCUCGCACUCGCUCGCGCGGGUUCCCUGGUCACGGUCAACUAUGUUUCCGACUCAUCCGCCCCGCGUGCUGCGGAAGUCGUUUCAAAGAUUGAAGGGGCCGUUGGUAAGGGUAAAGUUAUCGCCGUACAGGCGGAUGUGUCUACCGAAGAUGGAGCGAAGAGAAUUGUGGAUGAGACUUUGCAAAACUUUGGAGUAGACCACAUUGACAUCAUUGUAAACAAUGCCUCAGCUGUAACGAUGGGCGGCACGCUGCAGAGCAAAGCAGAGGAUAUUAUGAAAACAUUUCAGGUGGCCAUUGUUGGGCCAGUUCUCCUCUUGCAGGCUGCGUAUAAGUACAUGCCCCGUCAGUCGCGCAUUAUCAAUAUUGGUAGUGUGGCAUCCAAGAUGGGAUUUGUGCAGAUGCCAGUUUAUGCUGCGGCCAAGGCCGCAAUGGACCAGUUAACAUUUACUCUUUCCCGAGAGAUUGGACGAGAUGGUAAAAAUAUCACAGUCAACACUAUUUCUCCAGGACCGGUCCUGACUGAUUCCCUGCCACCUGUUCCAGAGGCUGAGGCUGUCAAAGAAUUUUUGCUUGAUCGAACCAGAGCGGACGACAGAAUCGGAACAGUAGAGGACAUAGCAGACGCAGUCCUCUUGCUUGCGAGUGAGAAGAGUCGCUGGAUCACAGGGCAGGUUAUCUCUGCAAGUGGUGGCAUUAUCGGGGGUUAA